CCGAGGUCCCAUUCAUAGUUUUCAAACUUGUUGGGUGAGGUAGGCACAUAAUGUGGUAUGAUGCCACGCAUGUGCUUACGCUCACACAGCUUCUCUGAGCCUCAUUGAAGAAAUCUGCACGUACGCGCCACUCAUGCACCACGAGAUCUUGAGACGGCGCUCACUCAGUGUGGAACAUCGAAUGCAGUAUUUGGAUCAUUUGAAAACAGAAACGAUUGCGGUCCGGCGGGGCGUUGCCAAAUCCUCCACUCCCAGAGUUACUCUCUUGGAAAACAAAGGGAAGAAAAGUGCAGACCACCACUAGGAUCUGUAUGUGCAUAUUUGCACUAGUGGUGCAUCGUUGGAAGUCUGCACUAGCCCAUACAUAGGAUUUCCGAGAUCAUCGGAUUUCUAUCUCAAGUUUUAGCUAACUGAAGCGGCGACUUCGAUGAUCAUCACCUAACCCCCGUAAGAUGUUCCCUCAGAAUAUACGCAUUGACGUUCACCAUCAUUUCUUUCUCGACGCUCAGAAGAAGGCAAAGAAAAAUUUGGAAGUGGGCUGGCGAACACCAGAUGAAAAUUUACCUUGGAAACCGCAGACUAGUUUGGCUGCCAUGGACAAGCUGGGGGUUCAAACAGCAAUUCUCUCUCCCCCUCCAAUGUCAUCCAGUUCAUCUGGAGCAGAAAACCGCGCGCAAGUAAGGCAACAGAAUAUUUACUCAUCGCAAUUAUGCGCAGCAUAUCCUAGCAGAUUCGGAUUUCUCGCUGGCCUCCCAUUCCUGGAUGAUGUUAAAGGUGCCUUUUCUCGUUCGUUAGAAGAGAUCGCCUUCUCCCUUGACGUUCUUGGUGCAGAUGGAGUGGCUCUAAUAUCGAGCUAUGGGGAUGGCAAUUCUGCGAAGUAUGUCGCUGACGAUUUGUAUGAUCCCAUCUGGAAGGAAUUAGACCGAAGACACGCCGUUGUGUUUUUGCAUGGUGCUCAGACGCCUUCCUCUACCCCAUACCCUCAUCCUUGGCUUGGCGUGCCAAUUUCUGAGGUCCCCAACGAGACCUACAAAGCUGCCGCCCACCUGGUGGUUAGCGGAAAGAAACGACGCUUUCAUAACGUCAACAUAAUCCUCACACAUCUGGGCGGGAGCACGCCAUUCCUUGCUCCACGCGUUGCUGCCCUUUCGCAUCAUAUGGGUUGCCCGUUGAGGCCGGACGAGAUCAUAGAAGAUUUCAAGAGCUUCUAUUACGAGACUGCUCUUAGCGCGCACGAAACGACGCUUACCGCAAUGGCGACACUCGUACCGUCUGACCGUCUUCUCUUCGGAACUGAUUUUCCAGCUGUAAGUAUCAAGACGGCCGAGUGGUACACAGAGAACCUGGAAAAAUAUUUCGCUGGAAGACCACUGGACCUCGCUAAUAUCAUGCGCAAUAAUGCUCUUAGGCUCUUUCCAAACCUAGGAAAAAGCAAAGACCAAUAUCCUAGCGGUGGACAGCAGAUCAAUGAUCAACCACACGACGGGCCACAAUGCACUGUGAAUUUGUGGAAGGAGUCCGCGCAUUGA